GUCGGUUUGAUAUUAACGACGGCGAGAACUUUAGGGUUCAUUGCUUUCUUCCUUCCAUGGAGAAUCCUAAGAUCACAAAACAUCCUCACCGAAUCGCCGAACCAAGGAUGAUGAAGAAGAAGAGAAUGAAAGUUGAAUCUCUCACAUCUCUUAACAAUCUCGAUGAUGGUUGCCUCAUGCACAUCCUCAGCUUUCUCUCUCCAAUUCCAGAUAGGUAUAACACAGCACUCGUUUGCCACAGAUGGAGAUAUCUGGCUUGUCACCCUCGCUUGUGGCUACGAGUUGACCCUCUUGUGAAGGAUCUAUCUCUGCCUGGAGUUUUCCACAGCAUUGAGUCAGCUGUAUCUGCUGCAAGACCUGGUGAUACUAUUUUAAUAGGACCUGGUGGGAAUCAUCACGUUUCUAAUAUUCAGAUUAACAAGCCUAUUUGCCUGAUUGGUGGUGGCGAGAUUCCUGAUGAAACCACCCUUGUAUGUUCUAGAGGAUCAGACAGUGCCCUGGAGCUACUAUCAACCUGCAAGCUAGCGAAUCUAACAGUAAAAGCAGAGCUUGGUUGCUGCUUGCUUCACAGAAGUGGAAGGCUAACGAUUGAUGGAUGUGUGCUUCAAUGUGAAACAAACCCUUUGGAUCAUCUCUCAUGCCCAAUCGUGAGCACUGCUGGAGGAGAUGAAGAUAACUUAAGCCCUGUGGAAGUGAAGGAAACUGUUGUUGAAAAGGUUAAGGGAAACAGUGUGACUGUUUUGCAGACAAGGAUAGAAGGAGGUGCAAAGGCUGUUGCAACAAGUGGAGACUUGGUACUGCAGCGUGUUCGAGUCAUGUACUCGAAGGCUUACCUCUAUUUCUGGUUUGAUGUGGAUCAUGAGUGAAAGUGAUCUCUCUGUUGUAUGUUAGAUUAAUUACUUCAACCUUUUUCUUCAACCUGUAACAUUAGUAAUCUGUGGGAUGGUGGUCAUCUAUCAUCUCCAUUUAUACUUUAUUUUAUAUUUCCUUUUAAGACAUUUCAUUAUACUAAUAAUACAAUUUUAUUAAAUAUCAGGUUUUGACUCGUCC